AUGCCACCGGCAGCGACGGCACUCUGCGCACAGUUAAAGGCGGACAAAGAAGCCGCCAUCGAGCUACUGUCCGAGUGUGGCGGCACAUGGGCCCAUGUCCAGUUGCUCUUAGACAUUUCUUCCUGGCUCAUCGUUCCAUGCACCGCUUGGUCUACCACACCUUGGAUCUUCGGAACCUUCGCUCCGAUGGUGAUUAUAUCCUUGGCUCAGAAAGAGCAAGGUGGUCCCUGGCAGACUUUGCCGGGUCCGGUGCUGCCGGUGCUGAUGUUCUUGCCUUCUGGGCAUGCGUUUCUCAGCAAAAGGGCUUUGGGGGCAUUGCUACGCCUCACGUGCUUGCUUUGCUGCUUCUUGGCGCUCAAGGCCAAUGAUGAGCAGUUUGGGGCACAGUACGGUCAUGACAUGCAUGAGGAUUCCCACAACUCUCACGUUAUCGGAUGCGACUCGGCGCAUGCGCCCUCUUGGCUGCAGCCCUGCUGCAUCGCGCAGCAGAUCAACCUGACAACCUAUUGGCAAUGUCACGGAGACCUGCCUUGGUACCGCCGGACAAGCUGUCGCACACAGGCAGCCGCGGUCUGCCAGGCACCGGGCACCAGGCCCGCCAGGAUUUGGAUUAUCUUCUGGCCUCUCCUAGCAAUUCUAGGUCUGCUGUCGGCUCAAUGCUGUGUAUAUACCCGGCUUGGGGUCCAACCCAAUGCAGGCAGGACAUAUGAAGCGGCUAUUCGCACGUUGCAGGACUCGUCCAAAGCAACUCGCCUUCGGCAGAUGAAGCUGCAUUUGUUCGUUCUGGUGUGGAUGUUGGACCUAGUGAGUGACUUUCACACACUGUGCAUCUUUCUUGUCUUCCACCACUACGCUUUCUUCAGCCUGGGCUUCUUGGUUUUUGUUGGGACACGCUCUAUCGCGAGUUUGACGUCGCUAAGAUUGGAAUAUGAAAGAUCCACUUCGCUUGGACAGCCAACAGAUGCACUACAUGACAUCAUGCUGCCACAGAAGACUGUGGAAGCCCCUGUGUUCCUUCUGUUGCAGUACUAUGCCUCGUAUUACCUCUGUGCCAGCGGCGUUUAUGCGAUGGCCUCGGUGACUCUGUCGUCGUUGCUUAGCCUCUGCGCCACUGCAGAUGCAGCCUACGGCCUGCUUUUCGUAGACCCCACAGCCCGGCAGAUCCGUGAGCGGAUCCACCAGCUUGAGGCCCUCACGGAGGCUGGAGUUGACAUCCACGAGCACGAGCCCACCACGAUAGUGGAAAUCUGA